ACACGUAAAUUGAGAUACAAGACCGAAGUCGCAAAUGUGCGGCGGCGCUUUCCUCAUCCGCCAAGCCAGUGUUUGGGUCGUGCCUCGGAGCGAGCGUCGGCGACACUCUUCUCUUGUUUUCUCAUUUGAGAGGUAUGCAAGGGAAAAUGAGCAUUGGUAGAAGGUAGAUAUCCUCUGCCAUGGUAAAGUUUGCCGAGGCUGAGAAACGAGGUCGAGGAGGGGAGGGAGGUGACCGACGGUACCCCCCAGUGGUGUUGCUUGAGAGACCAAAGAUGAGCCGUGCAAUGUGGGAGUCCCUGAAGGCUCACAUCAUUAGAGACCGCAAGCGGAAGAAAGAAGCUCCGCAAAGAGCGUGAAAACAGAAAAAAGCAGCAUGCCAUGACGCUGGAGGAGACCAGAGACACAAUUGUGAAGAUGGAGCAAGGUCUUUCUGACUUGAAAAAACAAAAGCACCAGCUGUUUCAGGAUCUAAAAGUCGUCUUGAAUGAGGAUGCAACCAGGAAGCGUGCUCAGCAACAGCAGAACUACCUAAAAGAGAGCGAGAUGAUGGUACCCCCCUACCCCCAUGGAAUUCCGAUGACCGGCCAUCCUCAGAUGUUGUUCCAAUCAAAUCUUGUUCCUGGCCGAAGCACAUUGCCGCUCCAUCCAUACAAAGUACCGCAGGCACAACCUCAACCACUCAUUCCACCUGGUUCUAUGAAGAGAUCACGCACACCAUCUCCUCCCCCGCAACCAGGCUACCAACAGAUCCCCUACAACUUCAAGAACCUGUCUGGGCAUCCCCCACCAAGUGUACCUGUCUCUCUGCCCACAACCAAGGCUGGAACGGCGAGCAGUGUAUACGUGACAGGUCAAGCGCCUUACUAUCAUGGGUCAUCUCAGGCCCACAGCAGCUCGAGCCAAUACCAGGCAUCUUCCCAGACUGCAGCAUACCUGCCGUCCGCUGCUCCCACCCUCACAAACACCCCUGUCCCCUCUCAACCCACACCUCCCCCUUCCCGAGAUGAUAAGCAUCUGCAGCCAGUCUAUAUGCAGAGCAGCAGAGCAACCCACGUGUCUGCCCUCCACCAGCCCUUAGACCAUAAGGGCAAGCCAACUGGGGGAGCCUUCCUACCCCCAGGGGAAGGAGCACAGGAAAAGUACUUCCAGCCCACUGUAAGAUCACACCUGCCUCUGCAUUCGGGAGUGUUGCCUGUCCAGCAGCCACAUCCAGGGAUCACCUCAGGCUUCCCAGUCCGUACUGCUCCACCCUCUUCGCAGCCCCCCUCACCUGUGGUGAGCUCUGCUCCCCAUGCCAGCAAGCCUGAUGCCAAGCCAAGA